AUGGCUGCAAAAGUCGAAAUCUGCUGGGGAAAGCCUUUCAGAGAAACUAAGGCAAGAAAACAAGACCUUUACCUGACAGUUUCUACUUUUCCCCAGAGAUACCAGGAGAUUGAAUCAUCUGCAAAGACUUUUGCAAAAGAGGCGGAGGUUGAAAAUAAGACCCAAAGUGAUUUGGCAUUAAAUCAGUCGACAUUAUCAGAAAAAAUUAAAGGAAAUACACAGAAGGAGUCUUUACGACGUUAUCAUCAAUUCAUCCACAUGGUUCAGUCUUUGCUUGAGGCUGCUGGACAGGUCUUAGGAACUGGAACAACUCUUCGCAGUAUAGCCCAAAUAGAGCUUCUGUCUAAUGUCACAUCUGAUUGUGACGAAAUCUCGGAAUGGGAUGAGAUCCCUGAUCCGCUCGUCACAUGGAUUCAGCAGCAGCAUGGGCUAAAGAUCGACCAGAAGCCUAUCUCAUCCAAAGAUGAGUUGAUCACGGCGUGUCAUCUUCUGUCGCCAAUUGAGGAUGACUCACGUGGUCGAACCCUUUUAUGCAGGUUGUUCUUAAGGUGGUAA